AACCUCUUUUAUGCUGCAAAUAUCAAUAAUAGCUGUCUGCUCUGCUCUCAGGCACGACAGCUUAUUGUAUUGGCGUGUUAUUAUAUUUACAAUUAAUUAAAUAUAACAGAUGAAAACGACUAAUUAUUAAAACAGUGUUUUCUUUUAUUUCCAUUUUUCGAAAUUCAGAUUUAAACUUUCUAUAAAAUGCAAGCUGUAAGACUUCAACUUCAAACGCAUAAUUGCAACUUUGUCAACCUUACUUCCAUAUAUGCUCAAAGUAUAAGAUGGAAACGCAAACCAAUUUGGUUACCUACUGCCAAGACCAAAGUGUUCAGAGUCACUCAAAGACCAAAAAUACCUGAAGAAGAAUUCCUAAAAAUUAAAAAUCUUUACAAUGUUUAUAGAACUUCUAUGAAAUCAAUCAGGUUGCUAUUUUUACAAAUAGGAGAAGCAUCACAAGUACAAGAAGAUAAAGGGUUAAAGCAAAAAGAAAUGGAAGAAGAUUAUCACAGAUGCUUUGCAUUGAAUGAGGAGUGGAAUAAAAAGAUUGCAGAAGAAAGAGAAGUUAGACUACAACAAGAAAGGAAACAAAAAUUAGAAAAAAUUGAAAAUACUAAAGUAAAAGUAGCGUCAAAAUUAAAAAAGUUGGAAGAAGAAGCAGAUGCCGUUGUUAAGGAAGCAAAACUAUUGGCCCCAACAUUCAUUACUAGAGAUAAUAUUGAUGAAGCAAUAGAAGCAGCAUUGGCCAAUAAAGUUAACUAUAACAAGGCGUUGAAUCCAGAUGGAACUUGGUUUAUAGAAAAACCUGUGAACACUAAUCCCAGUGCACCAAUUGUAGAUGCAUCCGUUAAAGAUGAACAAAAAAAAAUAAAGUUAAAUUUGUAAAUAAAUAAUGUUUUUAAUAAUUACAUGUAUAGAUAGAGCAACACUAAAAAAACAACCAAAUAAUAAAUCAUUUUUAU